CAUUAAUACUUCUUUCUCAAACAAAUCAUUAUGCAUACUACCUUGGAUAUUUAGUAAAUAAAUAAUAAAAAAAGUAGGAUCUAACUCAAAUUAAAAAAAAAAAAAGAAUACAUUACUAGAAACGACUACAUGAAUGCUCAUUCACUAUGGUUUCAAUGUCAUCCACUUAAUGAAAAACAUACUCGACAAUUAGAUUUAUUACAAAGUCUCUACGUUAUAGAUAUACGAGGUUCAGAUCCGGUAGAUGGUGACAAAGUCGUACAAUCUUCCAAAAAUGAAAAAGCUAUAAAAAUCGCAAAGUGGGGAAGUGAAAGUGGUGCAAAGAAAAAGCCUGUCUUCUUACUCCUAUACACAAGUACCCAUUGGAUGGAUGCGCAACCAGAGGAGGUCGAUAGAUUACAACAAAUACAGCUUGAUGAAAAAAGAUUGGAUCAAUUGGACAUGCGCUUGAAUCAGCUGGAUAGAUAUGCGAUAGGACAACAGAAUGGAGGGCUUGUAUCAGUACAUUAUUUAUUUAUAUUCUUCCUCAAUAAACUCAUCUUUUUUUUUUCUCUUUGCCA